AUGACCGAAAAAAUAUAAAGUUUUAUAAAUAUUUUCCAGCAGUGCGUUUCCUCGAAUGAUGCAAUUUUAAUCUAUUGACAAAAGAAAGUUAUUAUUACAAUAUACAUAUAUUAAUAAAUUCUAUGAAACUGAGCAUGCGAUUAAUAUCCAUGUCGUAAAACACACAAAAGGGCCCUUAAAACUUUCAAUUUAAAAUAAGCUUUAAACAUACGCAUUAACUGGUUUGGUCAGUCAAUACGCUGAUUGUAGUAGCCUUUUGCAGACUUUCUAAGAGAAUCAGUACACAAGAACAAAGCGAUUAUCAAAAAUUCACCUUUCUCAUCUGCGCCUAACUUCCACGAAAUUAUACUCCAUACAGAUUUAUAUAUGUGUGUGUAAAUAUUUAAACAUUCACCUUAAUACAAGUAGUUGUAGUGACAAAAGAGGUUUUGAACUUGAGCGACGCAUUUUACCUCUGUUCGUGCGUCAAACCGCAAUAUCAGAGCUCAGUCUGCUUGGUAAACUGCUUUCGAAUACUCGUACUUGGAACUUUUCGGACGCGUCAUAAUUUAAAAAGAUUACAAUCGAACUUUUGAAAUUUGAAAUCUUAAAUAUAUCUUUCUUCGUCGUACUAAGUUGUCAAUCAUUAAAAAUGAAUAAAAUCACCGAGUAACACGAAAGCGGUUAAUUUAUGUAACUAAGUAUGCAACAAGUGUAUUCGAAAAAGUCAUCUAUCAGUCAGAUGUUGUGCCUACUUUUAGUCAGCUAUGUUAUUUUGCCAUGCACUUGGGCUGCGCCACAUCUACUCACCAGUUAUUUGCCAGCUUCCAUGCAAGCGCUCGCUUACUACAUCGACUAUUUGCAGUAUGAGCCAAUAUCAUCGACAACUGUCGAACCGCCGUUUAGUGUGAACGAUGAUGAAUUAACUAAUAUAUUUAAUGCUUCACCUACGUCCACACCGCUACCAAUGCGUACAACAACCAUUACGUUAUCCACAAAUAAGCAGCCAUCUACCUGGCUCUCAACAACUAGCCGACCAACUUGGAUCAGCACUACCAGUAGACCGUCACAAGGUAUUAGUGCCACGGGUUCUGGCUGGUGGAAACCGCCUAUUUGGUGGCAUCCUACUACCGCAGCUACUACAAAACCUACAGUGCCGCCAACACCCACACACAGGCCCGGUUUGUAUGCACCUAUAAAAUCGCCACUAAUCAAGCCGCAAACUGAAAAACGCGUCGGUUAUGAGGUAUUUGACGAAAUUGGUGAUAAUACUGAAGGUUUCGACAAAUUGACAUUGGCACUAAUACGCGAUAUACAAACAGAGGCAGAACAUGAUGAAUUUACCAACGAUGUAGAGUCUUUGGACAACUUUUUGCGCCUUUACGAUGACAAUUACGGACGAGCCGCAUUCGACAGCGAUAAUGCUGUGGAUCGUUGGUCAACCACGUCGACUGCAGGUAAAAAACGUGUACCGCCAACCAAACCAUACGUAGAAUUUUUACUGGUUUAUGAUUUGCUAAAACGCGAUGCAAAAGCCGCUAACCUCAGCAAAUACGAGGGCUAUUCGGAAGAAUUGUUAAGGGACUUACACGAUUUGUCCAGUGCUUCGGCGGAACGUCAACUGUAUACGCUUUUCAAGCGUAUGAUCGAUCGCGGUGAUGUACAACGUAGUGACGUCGUCUCUCGUUUACAAGGAAUAAUGAAGGAUUUAGCUAACCCCCAAAGUGUCACUGCAAAAGAGUUGCGCUACAUUCCAGCCAUGCCAUUUGUGCCUUGAUUGUCAAGUGCGGAACAUUAAUUUAUAAUUCAAUAAAAUCAAUAAAUUUGCCUAAAGGAAUAUUGGCUGUAUACUUAUGUA